AUGUCUAUGUGUCUGCGGAUGCCGCUCUCUGCGCGGCGCGUGGUGCUGCUCACAGAUGUGGAAGGGAAUUGGCAAUAUGUGCGUAAUGUGGUGAGACAAUCGACCUGUCUGCAACUGAUAAAAAGUGGUCAAGAGGAGACGCUGGAGCUACGCGACGAUUGCAUGCUAGUAUUUGGGGGCGACGCUGGUGACAAAGGAGACCACACACUUAAGUGCUACGAGCAGCUCGUGCAUCUAAAAAAACGGCAUCCAGACCGAGUGAUAUUACUCGUGGGUAACCGCGAUGUGAACAAGAUGCGAUUUACAUCGGAGCUUAGUGACACUGAAAUUAACUCGUCAUUUUUGUCUAAAGAGAUUUUGGAGGGUCCGGAAUGGGUACCCAUUGACAAACGUGUUACACUGAAAGAGUUCUUAAUCGAUCAGUUAAAUGGUAAGGAUCUUGAUGUAAAUGACGAUACAAUUGCAGCAGCUAAUACAAAGGCGAACCGGCUAAAAUGGAUGCUGGAGCACACUAUGGGGGCUCAGGGGGACUUUGAGCGACGCCGUGCUGAGCUCAAAUCGCGUCAAGCUGUUGAUCUCACGGAAAGCGUACCGGACGAGAGCGUCGUUACGUCGUAUCUAAACAGUGUGGAGAUGGGAGGUGUGCUGCGCGAGUACUUACUGCAUAGCAGUUUGGCAUAUGUGACGCACCAAACACUGUUUUUGCACGGUGGUAUCAUUAACGGCAACCAGAACGCCAGCUUGUCUGCUCUUGAUCGAGUUCCCGGUGAAUCUUCGACGCAUCGUGGCUCGGUUCAGGAAUGGGUGGAUAGGCUUAAUGCAUGGUACCGAGCUCAAAUUCAGGAAUGGAUUAGAUAUCCAACUUGGAAUGAAGACCACUCUUCACGCGGCGGAGAAGAAUUGCUCAAAUACGUACUACCUGAUUAUAGUGGUAGCGUUGUCACGGGCCGACACCUUUUACCCUCAGGAAUGCCAACCCCAGUUUCUGAUGAAACUGCUUCGCUACUUUCUGAAAGCGGUAUCCGACAUGUGAUCAUUGGGCACACACCUCAUGGUAAUUGCCCUACGGUCGUGAAGCAACCCCACCAGCAAUAUGAUAACUGCGCAGUAGACGGCAGGAGUGAUCUCAAAACAUUUAAAUCUGUAAUCAUGUGUGAUACAAGCUAUAGUGAUACACAUGCACCAGACAACCGUGGAAGUGCCGCAUCAGAAGUGGUGGUGGACAAUACAGGACAUGUAACCAUAAAUGGCGUGUUGGAGGAUGGACGGCAAAUCAGUUUUCAUCCAGACGAAGAUUCUUGGGUUGGUCGAUGGUUACAAGAUGAUACCAUGGUAAAAGCACGUUUUUCUGACAACGAUGAGCAUGAUGAAGCAUCUUAUCUGGUUUUUCGCGUGGAUAAUGGUUAUUCUUACACUUACCAGUGCCGUUCAAUCACAGAAUUGCAAGAAAUUGGGCUGAAGAAGUGA